CUGGGAUGUCUGGUUAGUUGGGUCGGGUGUCCCUUAGUUGGGCCGGGUACGUACACGGGAUGUACCAUAUAGGCACUGACCUCGACGUCUUUUAUUGAUAAACCCUAGUCUCAGUGAGAGAUUGGCGAAGGAAAUCCAAGGCGUCGACAAUGGCAACUUCAUACGCCUACGAAGAUGGCGCGUACUCGGCCAAACAGCAGCAUCCAGAUUCUGCACUCGACGCGUACGACCCAAGCUUCGUCCCUGACCCGGUGAAGUCGUUCGUGGGGCAUCUAUACAGGCAUAUUAGGGAUAAGAAUGUCUACGAGAUCCACCAGAUGUGCGAGACCUCUUUCCAGAGCCUCAGUGAGCGCAUGUUCAAGGACACUCCAUGGCCCUCUGUCGAUGCCAUCGCGCCUUUCGUCGAUAACGACCACGUCUUCUGCUUGCUUUAUCGAGAAAUGUGGUUUCGCCACCUCUAUGCUCGACUUUCCCCGACUCUGAAGCAGCGCAUCGAUUCAUGGGACAAUUACUGCUCCUUAUUCCAGGUUGUGCUACAUGGGGUUGUAAACAUGCAAUUGCCAAACCAGUGGUUGUGGGAUAUGAUAGACGAAUUUGUUUACCAAUUUCAGUCAUUCUGCCAAUAUCGUGCCAAGAUGAAGAACAAAACUGAACAGGAAAUUGCCUUGUUAAAGCAGUAUGAUCAGGCUUGGAAUGUGUAUGGUGUUCUAAACUAUCUGCAAGCACUUGUCGAGAAAUCAACGAUUAUCCAAAUAUUGGAAAGGGAAAAGGAAGGCCUUGAAGAAUUUACGUCUACAGAUGGAUAUGAUUACAAUGGUGGAAGUAACGUCUUGAAGGUUUUGGGGUAUUUCAGUAUGAUUGGGUUGCUUAGAGUUCAUUGCUUGUUGGGUGAUUAUCAUACUGGCCUCAAGUGCUUACGGCCUAUUGACAUAACUCAAGAAGGUGUAUACACCAAUGUCAUUGGAAGCCACAUUGCUACAAUAUACCAUUAUGGAUUUGCAAAUCUUAUGUUGAGGAGGUAUGUAGACGCAGUUCAAAAGUUUAACAAGAUCCUUUUAUAUAUAUACAAAACUAAGCAGCAUCACCAGAAAUCUUCUCAGUAUGAGCAGAUAUUAAAGAAGAAUGAACAGAUGUAUGCAUUGCUUGCUAUCAGUUUGUGUCUUUGCCCUCAAGUGAAACUUGUGGAGGAGACUGUGAACUCUCAAUUAAGGGAGAAAUAUGGUGACAAGAUGAUGAAAAUGCAAAGAUAUGAUGAUGAGGCAUUUACUCUCUAUGAUGAACUCUUCUCAUAUGCAUGCCCUAAGUUCAUUACUCCUUCCGCCCCAAGUUAUGAAGAGCCCCUUGUAAAUUACAACCAGGAUGCUUAUAGGAUGCAAUUGAAGUUAUUUCUGUAUGAAGUGAAGCAGCAGCAGUUAUUGUCAGGUGUUAGGACCUACCUGAAAGUAUAUUCAACUAUUUCUCUAGGAAAACUUGCAAAUUACAUGCAAGUUGAUAAUGCUACUUUGAGGUCGGUUCUGUUGACAUACAAACACAAGACACACUCUGUUGAUUCCGAAGGAAAGACAUUUUCCAAUGCUGAUAUAGAUUUCUUCAUCGAGGACGAAAUGAUUCAUGUUGUAGAAUCAAAACCAUCAAAGCGAUAUGGAGAUUACUUUUUGCGUCAGAUAGUUAAGCUUGAAAGCAUGAUGACGGACAUUGAUCGGAUAAAGUUGGAGUAACAUACUGCUCGUCUAAGCUUUUGGGUGUUUUCGAUCUCUUAUUUGGGAGUGAACCAAGUGUGGUUCCUCCUCCUGUAGGUCCCAAAUCACUCCAUAUUGUCUAGUUGUAUUAUUUCUUUUUUAAAAUGAAAAAACUGGAUUUUGUACUUGCCGAUAUCAGCCUUUGUUGCUUACUAGAAUAUGAUUUCAGAUUCUUUUGGAAGUUUUGUUCUA